UUCGGGGACCGCUGUGCGCCGCGACGGCAAUGGCGGCGGAGGACCUGACGAUGCUUGGCAGCAACGGCGGUGCGAUGCUGCAGGACAUCCUUCGCACAGCAACCCAACCGGAAGAAGUCAUUGUAUCAUUCCAGAAGCAGUAUGGCCUGAAAGAAAAUACGACGAGUGCGUCCUUGCAAUUGUUGGAUCUCCUCGGGUGUCGACGGAGCGAAACCCAUUCCAAGCUGCUCGACACAAUGGUGGCCACCUUGCUCAAACGCAUCCACAGCAAACAAAUGACUGAAACCCAGCUGCAGAAACUACUCGAGCUCACGUUUCCGUACCUGGAAAUGCGCGAGCUGCGCGCGAUUCCGAUCGCAGUCCUGUCGACGCAAACAUCGACACCGGCUUCGUUUCUUCAUGAGCUGUGCGACCACGACAACCGGUCGCUCUUGGAGCAUUUGCCCGUGCACGUGAAGCGUCGUAUCUGGGCCAUUGCGCCACACGAACUCCGCCUCGAAGUCGACAAGAUUGUCGGAGCCUAUAUCAAGCACAAACUGGACGCGCUCAUGCUCACGUCAGCGGAUGAUCCGUCCCCGUACUCGCUGUAUGUGUCAUCAUCUAGCCAUGGACACCACCACCACCACCUACCGUCUCCAGAAGACCGGCGAAAGCAAGACCCAGUGCUCGCCACGUUUGUCUCGAUGAUCGGCGACUCCUCCGAGUUGUACUUGCAAUGCGUGGACAUCCUACGAACGAUUGCCGCUGCCGGCUCCAUUCCUGGCCACGACGCUCCUUCAUCGUCAGCCAACUCGAAGGACUACGUCUAUCUCGCGUCCUUGAUCGGGUCACUGCGGAAUGACAUCGCGAACGUUCAGCGGGACCUCGCGACGCCGCUCGUACGCACCGAUCCUCUGCACAAGUUCAUUUGGAUCUUGGACCAUGCCGUCAAACGGCGGGACGCGAUGGAUCGAAACAACGUCACGGAAUUGCUCAUGACGGUGCGCCGGCUGCGGCUGCGCGACUUGCCGCGAAAGGACUUGGCCGCAAACGAUCCACCCCCGAUGAUCCCCAAGGAAACGCUCUUGAAACUCGUGGACCAACUCGCCAAGGCCGAUAGCCGACGUAUCUUUGCCGAUCCCGUCCCUACCGACGUCGAGGGCUAUCACGACGUAAUCAAAUACCCCAUGGAUAUCUCAACUCUCCGCCACAACGUCCACCAGCUCAAGUACCGCACCCUUGCCGCGUUUGCCGCCGACAUGCGGCUCAUCUUUACCAACUGCACCACAUACAACCCAGACACGACGAUCUACCACAAAGAAGCCAAACGCCUCGACAAGCUCAGCGCCGGCUGGAUCGACAAGGCAGCGGCUGCCGCUGCCCAGGCCGAGUCAGCGCCAACGUGUUUGCUGGGAAGCAGUGGCGCCAUGCCUGCCACGGACGCGAACGACACGGAAAAGUCAGGCAUGGUGUUUGAAGGCGAAUGCGACCCAUUGCUCGCCGACAUCGUCUUGGUCCUGUCCGACCCGAUCGUGAAAGCGCUCUUAUUUGACGUGCUGUGGCAAACUCUCCAUCGCACUCCAAGCGGGAGCUUUCCCACGGACGACCCCAUGGUGCGCGGUGUGGUCCAGUUGCUGCAGCUGGGAAACGUCGGGUCGUUGCGGCGCAUGGUGCGGAAGCAAGAGUAUGUUCUGCGAUCUCCUCCCGUCCUCAGCCUUCGCGUGGCGCUUCCGCUGUACUGCCGCUACCGCCUCCUCCAUCAGCACCCGACCUUGCUCUCGACCAACGCGUCGUCGAUCGACGACGGCGGGUGGAAGGUGUUGUGGGCGAACGGUGGGUCCCACCUGAAGAGCGUCGUGCGGCAAAUCAUCGUGGUUGCAAUCCACGACCACUGGCCCCUUGCGUUUGUCAAGGCGAUCGUGACGUCGAUGGGAGACCACGUCGACGACGCAUUUGUCAAAGACCCCGUGUUUCUGCAUACUCUGACGCACGCCAUCCUCCACUCCAAGCACAAAUCCAUGUUGAUUCCUCUCGUGUUGGAUUCCAUUUGGCUGCCGGCUGCUCUCCGAGGCGCUCGAGUUGUUGCAGCCGACGAUGUCGUAUCGGACGAGACCGUGUCCGCUGGUCUUUUUCCCCUCGAGCCCAUGCAUGUCGCCGCGGCUAGACUCCUCGCCCACUGGACAACUGAUCUCGACCGCGUCACGCAGACCGCGACCAAGUUGCUGUCAAGUCUCACGAGUGAAUCGAUGGAUCUUGCUGCCGUUUGGUACAACGCGGCGUGGUUUCAACGAAGAUUGCGUCCGCUGUACGAGCAAGUCCAGGCGGCGUGUCCAUCGAUAGGCCCGCAAGCCGCAUCGUCCACAUGUCCCAACCCCACCAAGACAGCGUCCCCCACCAGCCAUCCCCACGAGUCGUCGCCCGCACUUGUCGACCCGGGCGUCGACGACAAAGCCUCUCCAACCCACAAUGGUGCUCUCUUACCCGUGGUAAAGAACUAAACACGACAUACGUACGAG